AUGGCUACCCCCCAAUCCACCACCUCUUACGAGGGCGCCGAAGGCGACAAGAAGCUCGAGCAGAUCACCUUCCGAUUCUGCUCCGAAUGCUCAAACAUGCUUUAUCCCAAGGAGGACGAGGAUGCUCACAAGCUUCAGUUUACCUGCCGAACUUGCCAGUACACCGAGGACGCCAAGUCUACCUGCGUCUUCCGCAACGUCCUCAACACCUCGGCCGGUGAGACCGCCGGUGUCACCCAGGAUGUUGGCUCCGAUCCAACGGUUAGUCAUCUUCCACCUGUUCUCUGUUACGGCUGUGGCGGAGUCAUCUUGUGCACCUCUUGCGGCCAGCCCGAUUGCCAAAUGGUCGUCUCCAACGAGAAAGUUAGUCAGCCCAUCACGGGCAUGUGCCAGUUCACCUUGCCAUGGGAGGAUCCUUUCGCCGACUACGACGAGGAGAUGAUGGACGAGGACUACGAUGACACAAGGACCGAGUCUGAUGACUUCCUCUCCGACGCCAGCGAAGAAUUCCUCGAAGAGAUCUCCAUGUGCUGUGGUUCGUCCGAGAAAUGUGAAUCAUGA